AUGGACUUCAACGACCUGUAUCUCUUCGUGGGCCCGCCCAUGACUCGUGGUCCUCCGCAAGUGCCUCUGCUGCCAUCGCUUCUCCCUCCUCCGCCACCACCUGCGCCGUCAAUACCGCUGCUUCCUCCAAUGCUGCCACGCCCUCCCACGUCGUAUUCGAAGAAGACACAGAAGCAGAAUAUGCGGCUCAAACCAUACCACCGUCUCAAGCCAAACCAGCGCAAUACGGAUACCCAAAUACGACCCCAAAUGAAGCCUAUCGAACCCUGCGAGGGUAAUGAACGUGAGAUGCAGAUGAUGAUGUCCGAGUUGGAGCUUGAAUACCGGACCGCCAAGAGAGACUGGCCAAGCACAACUAUCGACACCCGCAGUUUGAACACGUUUGGAGACCCCCAAGCAACCUGGACUACCGUGUUGGAGAUGUGUCCGCAAUUUUUCGCCGUCGACCCCAUCGGAGGAGGCGAGUACUUCUAA